AUGUCAAAUGGAGCGACUAUGAAUGAAAUUAUUGUCAAUCGUCUUAAUUCAAAUGGUCAAUUGACUUUAAUUCAGAUGGUUAAGACAAAUGGAACUGGCGUAAAUAUAACUAUAGCAGAUCCGUUAUUUUCACAAGGUUCAUUGCAAGUCUAUUCUAAUUACUUGUUUGCUGUUAAUCCAGGCUCGAAUACAUUAUCAAUGUUUUCGAUUAAUCUAUUGAAUGCAACCGAAUUGACAUUAGUUUCAGUGGAAAGAGUAAACGGCUGGUUUCCCAUUUCAGUAACAGUCAAUUUAAAGUAUGCUUGUGUUUUGACUGGUGGUAAUGCAACAGGAAUUCGUUGUUUCACUUAUAAUACGUCUGGUUUAUAUGUUGUACGAUCAUUCGAUCGUAAUCUUACAUCGUAUAUUUCACAAAGUAAUCCUCCAAUGGGUCCACCAGGAACAAUGAGUGAAAUACUAUUUUCAGCUGACAAUAGUGCAUUGAUUGUUGCUGUCAAAGGAUAUAAUAGUACAAUGCUUGGUUAUCUCUUAUUUUAUCCAUUCAUUGAUUUGAACAUGUUAGCAACAAAUGCAACACAACAAAUACUAACAAAUGGUAUAUUUCCAUUUUCAAUGACAUUAAUCAAUAUGAACGGUUUAUUAGUUACUGAUCCUAAGCCAAAUGGUGUUUUAACCAUGAAUUAUCUAGCAGAGAAUGGUUCGAUUUCAAACAUUAUGCUGACAAAGAUUAAUUCGACUCUAGCAGGUGCACUCUGUUGGUCAAUUUAUUCAUCGAUGACUAGAAACUAUUAUGUCAUUGGUUCAAAUCCAGCAGCUAUUGUGGAAUUAAACGUUAAUUUAAGUUCGACUUCGAAACCUGUUCAAAUUGUUCAAUACUAUUCACUACCAAAUGAUACAGGUGCACUUGAUGCAACAGUUGUCAAUGUCGCUGGUAUUGAUUAUUUAUUUGUUAUUGGUACAACAGCACAUGCUAUUAGUAGUUAUCGAUUGAAUGGACCUGGUAAUGCAACAUUUAAUGACGUUUUUACAGUACAACCAGGCAAUACAACCAGUAUACCUAAACUUGCUGGUAUUGCAGGAUUUAUUCAAAAAUCUUCUUCAGAUGCCAGUUUAAUUUUACCAUCGAUCAUCAUUACUAUGAUUUAUUUUAUAUGUCUUUCAAUUCUUAAACCAAUAUUUUUAUUUUAA